GACGCAGUGAAAAAUCUGGAGCAUAAUUUAGUUAGCAUACAACAGUCGUCGUAGCCGUGUAUCCUCGUUGGUGUCUGUGUUGCAGCGCAAGAUACCCGCAAGUCCCCAUGGUAGUGUUUUCGUGUGCACUCCGUGGAUUGAGAGGCUCUAUGGAAAGGAUUCUUCGCUUUAUGAAAAAGUAACAAAAGUAGAAAAAAAUCUUUAUAAUUUACUCUCCCGCGCGCGUUAGUGGAAGGAGAAGCUGCGAUUUGGAGUGUGUGACCGCAAGUGAACACGAGACGGAAAAAGGAAAAAAAAGCGGCAGUAAUCGAUUCAAUGUUUUGGUCUCAGUUGGGACGGAAAAGUAAAGUGAGUGGGUGAGCCAAGUGGGAAGCUUCUGCCAAUAGAUCAGGAUAAGCGAAGAAAAAACCACAGUGUCGGUGUGUCCGUUCCUGGCUGGCUAGCUACCCGUAUGUGUCACUGUCCCUAUUGGCGCCGAAGGGAACACAGAAUGCAGUGGAAGGAAGCGAAAAGGUCGAUGCCACAGAGUGCGAGCAAACAAAAGGAAAUUUCGAGCCUCAUUCGGGUUGGAGUGAGUGUGGAUUGAAGUGUGGGGAGGUCCACCAGAGUGUACCGAGGAAAACAGGAAAAGUUAGACAUAACCUACAAAAUUUGAAGGUGAAAAUUCAUCCGCACGCGGGAGCACGGGAAAACACGACUUGAAGUUUUUUUCUGACUUGUCGAUUGUGUGGAUUCGGUUCGAUGUUCUAAGCGAGGACUCGCAAGGUACCGGAAGCACGAGGAGUGAGAGUGCAAACGGUGGUGGAAAUCACGUAGCAAAAAGUUAAAGUGUGUGACUGGCGAGGAAAAGCGUCGGGAUGGAAAAUUAGAAUUAAAAAAAAAAGAGCGCCCCGAAUAUUGUGAGGAAUUAGAAAAGUUUUUACUUUGUGUUGGACUCUCGCUUUAAUCUCAUUUUUAUGGUUUUCCGUUUUACUUCUGACAUGCUACGAAUAUAAAGUUAUUUUAUUUGGUGAGAAAACAGAGAGAAAAAGAAGUAUUCGAGUGAAACUGUGCCAAAUGAUGUCUCUCAAGUAAAUCACGAAAAAGGUGCCAAAGCGAAACGAAACGAAUCGAAAUCCAAGUGCAAAUCCAAUUGUUGAGUGUGUGUGUGUGUGUGUGUGUGUGGUUGGUGGAAAAUCUCGUUGACAUCCGGAAAAUUAAGUUACUCUGUCUGGUCCCACGGGCCUGUGCAACUGAGAAAAACAGCCGGCCAAUAAUCGGAUAAUUUAGUUUUGUGAAGAAAUUCGAUCGGCAGUCCAUCAUCGCAAGCAGCAGCGAAUCUUGGCGGUUAAAUUUGAGAUUCCGUUGGAAUUCCUCAAAUACUCCAGAAAAUGAUCCCGAUUGUGAUUUGGUCCUCACAUCGGUAGCAACAAAGCGUUCCAAGACACAUACACACAGGCAAUCGGAUAAAGCUAGUGUCAUCGCGGCCGCAAAACUUGUACCAUCUCCAAGUCACACUACCUUCAGGAUGAUGGCGAAAAGCUGUCAAUUUUUGGUUCUUGUGUCCCUUCUCAUCGCCACCAGUGGCGCAGCUAAGGUUGUGCAUACGGGCAGCCAGCGCUUCGCGAUGGAACCUCAGGACCAAACGGCGAUCGUUGGCUCCAAGGUAACCCUACCAUGUCGGGUCGAGUCCAAGGUGGGCCAGCUGCAGUGGACAAAGGAUGACUUUGGUCUCGGAUGGCACCGCAAUCUCAGUGGUUUCGAUCGGUACUCGAUGGUCGGUAGCGAUGAGGAGGGUGACUUCUCGCUGGAGAUCUACCCGGUUAUGCUGGAUGACGAGGCACGCUACCAGUGCCAAGUUAGUCCCGGCAAGGAUGGAACACCCGGAAUACGAUCACGGUUCGCCACUUUAACAGUUUUGGUUCCACCAGAACCACCGAAAAUUGUCCAAGGAGAUUUUCUGGUAACAACCGAAGAUCGGGAGAUCGAAUUGGAAUGCGUUUCGGUUGGAGGCAAGCCCGCGGCAGAGAUUACCUGGAUCGACGGUCUCGGAAACGUCAUGACCAAGGGAAUCGAGUAUGUGAAGGAACCUCUCACCGAUACCGGUCGAUACACGGCAAAAUCAAUACUGAAGCUGACACCGAAGAAGGAGCAUCACAACACGUCCUUCACUUGUCAGGCCCAGAAUACGGCUGAUCGUACCUACCGAUCGGUGAAGCUGAAGCUUGAGGUUAAGUACGCUCCGAAAGUGAGCGUUUCCGUCAUCGGUGGUGCUCUCGCCGGAGGAAGAAUCUCCGAGGGCGCGGAAGUACGGCUGUCCUGUCGUGCCGAUGCCAAUCCGAACGAUGUCAGCUACAAAUGGUACAUUGGAGAUGAACUGGUGGUUGGAGAUUAUACGACUGAAAUGAUCAUUCACAACGUCUCGAAGAAGUUCCAUGACGCUGUCGUCAAGUGUGAAGUGCACAAUGCGGUGGGAAAAAGUGAGGAGAGCGAAAUCCUGGAUAUCAGCUACGGUCCAACCUUCCGUUCGCGACCAAAGUCGGUCGAAGCCGAUCUGGACCGGCCGGUAGCGUUGGGUUGUGACGUGGACGGUAAUCCACCACCGGAGAUCAUUUGGAUCCACGAGGAGUCCAAUCGCGUCAUCUCAACUUCAGCUAACAUUACGAUCGUAGCCUCGCGGGAAACGGCUGGAAACUAUUACUGCAAAGCAAGCGUGAUGGGAUUUCCAGAGAUCGAGGCAAUGGCGACGGUUUACCUCAAGGGUCCUCCCCAAAUCAGAUCCCAGCGGCAACAGUACGGCGCUGUGAACGAUAACUCACAGAUUCAGUGCGAAGCUGUGUCGAUUCCCAAGGCUAAACACGUUACCUGGACGUACAACGGGCUGGAGAUAACCAACGAAAACGACUACACGAUCUUGGAAAACCAUCAGCCGGAGGGCGUUCGAUCGACGCUCAUCAUCAACAACAGUCAGAAGCAGCACUUCGGCAUCUACAAUUGCACCGUGCUCAACGAUUACGGCAUGGACUCGAUCGAGAUCGAGUUCAAAGUGUCCAAAGAUACGAUACUUCUUCCCGUAAUCAUCUUUGGCUCGAUCGGUGGGUUCGUGCUGGUGAUCAUCAUGAUUAUCAUCGCUAUGUGCUUCUGUGUUAAGAAGGGCAAGAAAAAGCUGCCACCUGCUGAUGUUAUUCCUGAGCAACAUUACAUUACCGAGAAAGCUUGCAAGGAAAGCGAUCGAUCGUCGAAUGUAAGUGAUCUGAAGAUUGAUCGUGACCACGAGUACUCGGAGACCUGCUCCGGAACCGAUAGCAUAGCGACACGGCUGGCCAUGAAUAUUCUGGGCUCAUCCGGCGGGAGCAACAACAGUGGUAGCGGAAAUGCUAUCCCUGGUGGGGGCGGCGGCGGAGGCGGCGUUCCGCUCGCUGGCCCAGUGCGGAUUCCGAGCGACUAUCGAUACUCCGGGGAUUUUGCCGACGGUCUCGGUCAACUGCAGACGAAGAUCGGCCAAAGCAACGGCGGCUAUGUGCCAUACGUAGAUUACGCACAUGAUUACAAUAUGCCGCUGCACGUGAACACGAAGAUUCCGAACGGAAAUCUUAGCCUGACACGAAAUCGAGCAGAACUUCGACAGGAUAACGGACUUCCAAGUAUUGGAAGCGGUAUGGGCACCUUAUCGAACAGUUUGAUGAACACAUCGCUGAUGACAGCUCCGAGCAUAGACCCGCGCUACAGCGCCACGUACGGCAAUCCGUAUCUGCGAAGCAGUACCGCUCAGCUGCCGCCCCUUCCGCCGCCAAGCACAGCGAAUCCGGCGGUAACACCCGCCCCACCGCCGUACACUGCCGGACGCAACCAGAGCUCCCUGCUCUCGAUGGGUGUGAACCUGGGGGUCGGCAAUGGGCUCAGCAGCGGCAGCAUUGUUGGCAUAACCUCAGGACUGACCAGUCCCGAAUCGGUGCGAUCCUCGUCGGGCAUCAACAGCAGCAGUAUGGAUCAGUCAUCCAUCCAGCAGAGCCAACAGACGCCCAUGAUACCAACGUCCGGUGCGAGUUCCGGACCUGGUCAGUUCAUUCUUCCAGCGAAUGGUGACCUGCGAAAAGGUGCCCUAGCAACGCACGUCUAGCGUGAACGACCCAGAAGUCAGUUGUUAUUCACUGCCCCCUCGGCAUAGGUGUUUGUGAGCAGCUUGUACCCCCGCCCCGUUUAAGUCCGCGACCCUUGGCUUGGACAGGUACCGGCACUGAAUCGAUGAAUGUGUACCCAAAUGUGAUACGUAGGAUUACUUGUGCAGAUAGCGAUACCCCCAAGCAUUAGUUCGACAAAAUUUUGUCACCUCAAGAAACACACAUUUGUUUGUUAAUUAUUGUUGCCAAAAAAUUGUAAAAAAUAUCAAAUUCUAAGGAAAGUUUCAUGGAUUCAGUGCGCCAUUCUGUCUGUCACAAACGAGGAUCGCCCUUUUGUAGAACCUACGUCCGCAACCCACCUCCACCAGCUGUCACCUGUAUGUGUAUGUAAGCUCAACCCGCUAAUAUCUUCCUCGCCGCCUUCACCGUCGCCAGUUGCCCCCUCCCCGUAAAACAAAACAACAAUUUUCAUGUGUAUAAGAACGAAAAAAUGCGUGGCCUUAUUAGUCGAAACAAACAAAAUGUAAACCAGAGAAAGAUAGGAGAUACAAUCGGAUAGCGUUUCUUUUUCUGGAACUUGUUCUUAGCGGAAUCUACAUUUAUCGAAAAUUCGAAAUUUUAUCGUAGCUUAACGAAAAUCGGCUUGAGCUUUAAAACUUUUAGCAAAAAAAAAAAUGAACAAAGUAAAUCGCUGUAAUAUGAAUAAAGAAACAAACGAAAACAAAAAAAAACAGAAGUUGUAAUACAUUCGAAGCAGAAACACACGAAACGGCUGAUAUUGUUGAUGAUAGUAAAGUUGCAUUUGUGGUUUGUGCUUUUAAAAGUGGUUGCCGAAGCGUAAAAUUGCAACACAGAUUUAGCGAGGAUGGAAAGGAACCUUGUUUCCCCCCUUUCACAAAUACUCCAGAAGAUAACCAUACGCUGAGAUAAGAUUAGAAAACAA